AGGAGUCGGAGACGUGCGAGCUUGUGGUAGAGACCGUGUGCAAUGAUCCCGGGAGCGAGACAGAUAGGCGGGGGUCACACCGGCGACACGAAUGUGAAACAGAGCAUAUUUAUAUCUAUAUUUUUCUUCAAGGUAGAGAAGGUCAAACACGAAGAUAACGGUGGACAACGCACUCAACGAACGAAUGGAAACGGCAACAAAGGACAGAAGAGGUACAGCCGAUGUUGCUCUCCCCCCAAUUGUAGAUUUACUCACAAAAAAACUCUCCCUUUUUUUUCAUUCGACUGUGCUGCACGACGAAGUCGAUACGGGCUCACCAAACUCAACUUGCAGGCCGUUUUUCUUUUCUUUAUCGCUCUGACGAGAUCCAAAAAUUGCACUGUUUAUACGUACGGCUGGAAUUGGGUUGAUACACCCUCUCAGCGGCAACAAGAAACUAUUUCAUGUACAUCGUGCGCUUUUGGCACUACCGCAAGAGCGAGACAUGUCUUUGGAAGCGAAAAGAAGAAAAGGAAAAUAUAAUGAUCUAUUAUGCCCCUCCUUCUCUAAGGCAACUGUUUUCGUACCUAUGCGUUAACUGCCGAAAGAGGACUGUUUCAUUAAGGCUCCAUAACUGACGAUGAGAACGCGUUGGUUCUUUCAUUCUCUCCUUUUGGGCAAUUUCAAACACUCGAUGGAAGCGCCGCUCUUGUGAACGACAUUCUGUUUCUGUGCUUGACCGGCAAACCUCCUCUUUAGCAAGUUAUGGCAGAGCUCAAUAUGAGGGCUCUGCUUUGGCAUCAAAGUGGGAAAUUUGCUACUCUUCCUCUUUUGCAUCUCUCUUCUUUUGUCAUGGCGCACACGCCGCUCGACACCAACGUCGCAAUGACCUCACGCUUUCUUUUUUUUUUUGUCUGUACAGGACGAAAGGAGAUUUCAGUAGACUUUUGCGCGACCUUGCUUUUUCUUGCAAUCUUACACUUUUUCGCGUCACUGGUCGAACCUGUUCUCUUUUUGCCUUUUUACCAGACUCAUACCUAACGGUUUUUUAAAACCACUUUCAGCACCUUUGACCUGCUCUGCGAGGCGCGCUCACACACAUACACACACACACACAUACACAAAAGCGAAGAGUGAAAGCACGAGAGAUCAUUCUCGCUUUGCUCCGAUUCUCUUGAGGUUUUGUACGUAAGAGCGGAAACUUUAGCAGACCGUGUUGUAUCCUUUUUCUUUAUAUCCCAGGUUGAAGGAGUUAUUCAACCGUUAUUUUUGUUUCUGCUUUCACUUCUUUGAUCACUGUUUUGAAGAGUUUUUUUUUUCAAAGUAGACUCCAGCUCUUUUCCUUCUGCUCUUUACCCAACAUCAAGCCCUCCGUAGUGUGAACUUCAUCUGCUUCACGUUUCGAAAAGGAUUUUAGCACGAGCAAUUUCACUGCGUUGCGCAACACUUCUUCUUCUUGUUAGCUCUUUUCUGUGUACUUGUUUCUGCUGCGAGGGCGUCAGUGAGCGCUUCGACACCGUAACCCUCUUCUCUUCUCGUAGAGCGACCAUUUUUUUUAUAUUUUAAAGGGAAUCCUUCUCUUUUUUUUCUCUCUUUCUCUUUUGCUUCCGUGAGAACGUGUUUUCUGUGUUUUUGUUCAAUUGCUGCAGGAGCACCUUGAGAAACGCUGCCCACUUUUUUUCCGCAAAAAAGCUUCGUCGUACACCGCAGCUCGGGAAACGGAUUCCCUGAGGUGAGCUUAGCUGCUGUUGGUUUACCGCGGAAGAAAGAAGGGCAACGACAAGGUCUCUCAAGAACGAAAAACAAGAACACCGGGAAAGUCACGAUCUUCAGCUCAAGUCAAACACUUGUGGUUUGCGUGGUAAACCACUGACUUCGGACAUUCAAAAAAGAAAAUCAUGAGCUCCGUCUCUCCUGCGCCUCAGACACCGAGCAAACCGUCGCUGCGCUUGCGUGAUCCUUCGCUGGCGAAUGCGGGCCACAACAAAGCGUCUGCUCCGCGUCAUCUCUACGGUCCCAAGCGCUUCUGCGGCGUCGUCGAGGUGGAGCCAAGGCCCCUCGCCUGUGAUGGCGUGUCCGCCACUCCCACCGUGGAAUGCGCGGCGCUGCUCAGUCCCACAGCGUUUUCCCGGCCCCAGUGCAUCGUGACGCCGGCAGCCGGUGUGGAGAAUGGAACGGCGGCGAGGUCGCGUCGUUGCACCCCAAGGCCGUCCUCGCGCAUAUCCCACCUGCUCUCUCCCAUUUCCAACAUCGAGCAGCGGGUCAUCGUAGCCGCGCCGCAGAAGGCUCGCGGCAUGCCGGCCCGCAGUGCCGCGCGCGCUUGCAGCAGUGCCUCGCACAAGACGGAGACCUUGACGCAGAUGGCGCUGACAGCCGUUCUGCGCCUGUCCAACAACGAGGACGCCAAUGUGGACGACGUUAUGUGUCGUCCCAUCACCGUUGCACCACACACUCUUGUGGAUGACGUUCCUGCCGGCUUUGUGUCUCUCCGCUGCCACUGCGACGGUGCAGAGUGGUGCGCUGUUGUCAAGGCGCACACGGAGGCGGUACACUGGCUGGCCACGAGCGACAUUUUAGCUGAAUGCGGCAUCUCCUCGCGCGAGCUGACUGGACUGACGCUCAUCGCUGCCGACGGCGCUGGGCUGGACCUGCUCUUCCAACUAGCCACUUCGAACGACGCCCGGUACGAGACGGCGCUGCGAGACCAAAUGGAACGGUGCGCAUUUCCCCGUCUGCAGGUGCUCUACAGAAUGUUUUUGUCUGAUAAAAACACAGCGACCCCUGUGGAAUUCUCAGAGGACGUGAAGUCUGUAGACGGCCUUCAUCGCAUCGAGCCGCGGUGCCUGGCGAUCGACUGCACCGAGGCGGCUGACACGGAUUUGGCGGAGUCGGAGAUGUGCGGCACCGGCGCGGGUUGUCAGCAACUCCUGGCCGAGUUCGAGGCUGCUCUCGAGGACGUGCGCUUUGUACAGCACCGGAGGGAGCAGGAGGUCGAGCACGUGCGGCGCCAGCUGGAGGAAGAGCGUCGGAAUAGUGCUCUCCAGAUGGUGGACUUCAAAUCUCAACUGACUACAAAGCGAUUGGGCCACGAAUGCCUCGACAGCGAAUCGGAGAGCAUCUCCGCCGCUCUGUUUGAAACACAGAAGUCUUGCGUUCAGCUGAGGCAGUUGCUUUCGGAGAGCGAAGAGCGCCUUCGAUGCGAGCUUCACAAGGCUCAGAUGCACUAUCAAACGUUGGAAACUGAGCAUGAGCGACUUGUGGCGGGGCUCCACGACCAGAUUCAUUCCCUGCAAGAAGCUCUAUCGAACUCGCAGGCGGCUCUUCAGGUGUCGAAGCUGGACUUGGACGAUCGCGAGGCGCACAACGCCAGGUACAUCGCAGCACUUGAAGAGCGACUUGCCGCCGCGCUACGUAAGGAGGUCGAAGCAUGUCCGCGCGAGGAAACUCUCCCAAGCAACAUGUGCAAGAUCACCGACACAUUGAGCAUCGACGUGACCAUCGAGAGCAACGCGGCACUUUCUGACCGUGUAAACAGAACAGAUGCGCGAGAAGCUCUCGAGGGUGAACGCUGUGGUGCUCCAUCUGUCUCAACUGACGAGAUUGCAGAGGCGUAUGAAGCGUUCAACGCAACGAAGCAGCGAUGCACUGAGCCGGAGGCAGACGGAUUGAGGUCUGUGGCGCUUCUCAACUCUGCAGUGGCCGCCGCGAAGGAAGAGGUUUUGCUGAAGAGGGAUCCUUUGCUGUCCGCGAAAGGAGAUGUGGGACUUGCGGAGUCGCCGCGUGUUGCUGAUGCCGCUGUCGUGGAAAAGAGGACUUGCUCUGCUGAGCGGGGGCUGUCUGCUGCGCGACACGGCGAAGAAGCCCCUGCUAGGCAAUCGACGGGCGUUGUGGCCGAGCUGCGGAGCGACUACGAAGCACGCACGAACGAACUGGUGACGGUCACACGCGAGAUCGUCGCUGCGCGCGAGGCACUGCACGCUGCCACGGUGAAGUGCUCAGCGCUGGACGCGGAACGUGCGGCGGCGGUGCGCAACGAAGCAGCCGAAGCAGAGAUGGCCGCUGCGCGCGAGGAGCUCCGGUUGGCGGAGGCACGCUAUUUGGCUGCGGACGCCGCUGCCGCCAGUCAAGAGGACGAGGAAAAGUCCGCGCACUGGGAGUCGGUGGUGGAGCGUCUCUCCAUGGAGUUGGGGACGGCGAAGGAGCGAAUAAACACGCUGCUGGCGGUGAACAAAAUGCUGCGGGACAAAUUCCGCUCUGACUUGCGCUGCUGUCUUUGA